AUGGAGGCCCUCUCCCCGCGCACGACAAACCAGAUGAUCAAACCAAAGCUGGCUAUGGAUCGUAAAGCGUUCGAUAAAAAUGCUGUGCUCCCGAGCAACAAGCAAAAGCCUGCAACUUCCAAAAGCUACGCCGAUCCGCCGCCGUCAAUAGUCUCAGAGCCGGAAGAUGGCGGGGAGCGAUACUCAAUUGGCGCGUUCUUGGGGAAAGGCGGGUUUGCUGUUUGUUAUGAGGGUUCAUUGGCUCGCAAUGGCCGAGUGUACGCCAUGAAGGUCGUCAAGUCAGCGAUGCCCCAAAAAAAGAUGGAGGAGAAGUUUCGAACCGAACUCCAGAUCCACUCUAAAAUGCGUCAUCCUUUUAUCGUCCAGUUCUACCGCGCCUUCGCUUUCGAAUCCAGCACCUAUGUCGUCCUGGAGCUAUGUCCAAAUGGGUCGGUGAUGGAUAUGUUUCGCAAACGACGCUGUCUCAGCUUGCCAGAAGUGCGCCGGUAUAUGAUCCAGCUUUGCGCAGCGGUGAAAUACCUACACAAACGUUUCGUCGCUCAUCGUGACCUGAAGAUGGGGAAUCUCUUCCUCGAUCACAAUAUGAACAUUAAGGUUGGGGAUUUUGGUCUGGCCGCUAUGAUUUUGUCCGAUAAGGAUGCCAAGCGACGGAAUACGCUAUGCGGCACACCCAACUACAUCGCCCCCGAAGUUUUGGACAAGAGCAAAGGUGGCCAUACACAGAAAGUGGACAUUUGGUCCGUGGGUGUGAUUUGCUUUGCCAUGCUCGCCGGAUACUUACCCUUUCAAUCGAAAACGCAAGAUGAGGUUUACAAGAAAGUUCAGAACUUGAAUUAUGUCUGGCCCAAAGAAUCAGACUCCGGCAACUACAUCCCCGAGGAAGCAAAAGACCUAGUAGGUCGUUGUCUGAACCUAGUGGAUGAGGAGCGACCUGACCCAGACGACAUUGUUGAGCACCCAUUCUUCAACAUGUACGAUGGGUGCAUUCCUCGUCAACUGGACCCCUCAUGUCGAUUCAACAAGCCACUGUGGCUCAAGGAUGCCUCACCUCAAGGUGACUCUGUGGUAAGUGGAUACGGCUUAGAUUCGGAUGAGAAGCUCCGAGCCUAUGUAUACCAGGUGGACGACCCCGCCCAGCGAUAUCAUUCAUGCAAAGCCGCCUUCUACUCACUGUGCGGCGUGGGACGCAAGCCUGACGGAACGGCUCGGAAAUCUGUCGGGAGAAACUGCUCCAAGUCGGCCUUUUCUGAGUGUGAUGUGGAGGAUUCCAGAGGUCUACGACCCGUAAUACCCUUGUCACCGGAUUAUGUUUACCGAUGGCCCCAUGAUCUCGAAGGAGACUGGUGCCUGGAGAGUUCCCGAAAGGUAAUCCGUAGUGAGGAGUCCAUGCUUAACAGCAGCACCAUGUCCCAGCGCAGUGCUUCCAUUCGUCCCAACCCUAUGGCAGCAUCACGGACCAACGCCGCCCUUGCCGCUGCUCAACAGCGCCGAAUGGAAGGACAGAGCCAUGCCGCAACGCUACGCCAGCAAGCUCGAGUACCCCCUGUCUCUCCCCGGAGGGCUCCUGGAAUCAGCGAUCCCGCUGUUCUACCCUCCAGGCCAUAUCGAGAUAUUCCACAAGUCGAGCCAAAACCUUCCGCCGCGGACGUAGCAACUGGAGGCCUGGCAGAACGUCCUAUCAGGACAAGAAGGAUGGUAUCUGCAUCCCAGGCAACAACACUGCGUAGCAAGGACAAGGAUACUGCCCCACAAUUAGCCAAGUCCACAAGCAUGCCGUCAGGUUUGACUGUAGGCAAAACACGCUCUCAGUCUCGCAGAUUGGCAGCCGCUGACCAGGAGUUGAUGCAGCCUUCUAUUCAGACCAAACGGCAACCAUUCGCUAGGCCGGAGGAGCGAGAAGUGAUCACCCGCCAGACAUCCUUACGGUCUAUAUCCAGAGCAGACCUCAACGCGAGCGAGGGAAGAGGCGAAAGACGGAGAGAUAGCCCCAUCGAAGAAUCCGCUCGAUCUUCACUGGCACAGUUGAAGUCUUCCGCCGAAUCUAAUGGACUUGGUCGAUCAGACUCUAAUGGUUUCGCUCGCUCUAACAGCAAGACGGCUGGUGGCAGGGCACGCUCUAGUUUGGGGCUCAGUCCUCUAUUCCACACAGAAGAUACCUGCAAGCUGCUACCCAGGACUUCGUUGACCGAAGUCAACACUGACUUGCGUCUCAUGCUGACCAACCUGGUCAACCAUGCACCAACUAGGCGCAGAGGGGGAGCACGAAAACAGCCUCAUGCCUAUGUCAUCAAAUGGGUCGACUACACCAACCGUUAUGGUAUUGGGUAUGUUCUGGAUGAUGGCAGUGUUGGGUGUGUUUUCAAGGGAGAAAAUGGGCAGCCGGCGACGAGUGUCGUGGUUCGAGAUGGCGAGAGACACAUCCGUCGAAAGGCGCGUAGCGUCGCGGAUGGCAAACAACAACCGAUCUACUACUCCGAGGCUGAUCAAUUAGUUCCUCGCACUGGAAACCCAGUUGAGUUCUAUGAGAACCGCGACGAUGACUUGCUAGGAUGCCGCGGCAUCAGACGAGCACUGAUCCCGCCCUCACUCUUCGAUGUCAAAGGCUCAAAGGCAAUGAGAAUUCGCUCCAACACAGGAACUGAGCUCGAACGAGCCGAUGCGGAGAAAAUAAAGCGGAUGAAGCUUGUGGAUCAGUUCGGUAAAUACAUGAUCGGAGCCCUUGGUCGACAUGGCGACGAAGGCAUCAUGGACGAAGACCUGCCUGAACACAACAGUGCCCAGUUUGUCAAGUUCUAUCAGCGCUUGGGUAAUGUUGGAAUCUGGGGUUUCGGAGACGGAGCCUUCCAGUUUAACUUCCCCGACCACACAAAGCUAGUGAUCUCGCCCGGCCGCACCCGUAGCUCAUCCCCCUGGAUCGACUUCUACCAUCUCUCGUCCUCCGCCGCUCGAUUCUUCGCCGCAAAAGGCAAGAUGCACCCAGCAGGAUUCGACACUCGGGCCGUGGCCUCCGACGAGGCUGCCACGUUUCUCAGCAUCGCGAACGGAGAUUCUAUCAAUUCGACCGAAGACCGUAUCCGGGAUAUCCUUGAUGCGAACGCUUUCAUUCAGAAAAUCGCCUUCAUCAAAGAUACCCUCAGAGUUUGGAUUAAGUUCGGGCGACUUGGUGGUCGUCCGCCCUCGAUUGACUCCUCUUCUGCUGAUGAAUCCAUGCCCGACGAAGCGUUCUGGCAAGGAACGCAGGAGCGUUCGCAACCCAAUAGCCCUGGCACGAAGUUUGUCUGGGUGACUGUCGGGGCACCAGAUGGCGAUGGUCACUAUCGGUCCAUGAUGCUUAAAGAUAGUGACCGGGAGCCAAAGCGCGCUCCAGCUGGGAUGGAGUAUGACAAAGAAAUGGAUCUACUCAAAGACCGGUUACGUGCACUUGGUCGUUAA